GAAUGGCAAAAGCUCAACUAUGAUAUUUAUACCUUACGGCAGACCCGAAAAGAAGUGAGAAGCAGGUGGAAACACAUUUUGGAGGAUUUAGGUUUCCAGAAGGAAGCGGACUCCCUCUUGUCAGUGACCAAACUCAGCAUCAUCAGCGACUCCCAGAACAUGGGCAAAGCCCGGGAUAUCCUGUUAAAGCUCUCUGAGGAGACAAACAUCUUCCCAACCAGCUGGGAGCUUUCUGAGCGCUACCUCUUCGUGGUGGAUCGUCUCAUAGCUCUGGACGCUGCAGAUGAGUUCUUCAAGAUGGCCAGCGUGGUGUAUCCAAAGAGACCCGCCGGGGAAAGGGUGGACGAUAGCCAGAAGACCCCGCAGUGCAUCUCUGUCGCGAUGCCCUGA